CUUUGUCUACUUAUCUGUUAUUUUUCUUUGUCUAUCAGUCUGUCUGUCUGUCUGUAUCAGUCUGUGUUGCAAUGGCCACCAGAUAUGUAUUUGACCCACAAAACCCCCAUUACCAAGAGGGGAAACGCAUGGUUCUUGAAAUGGAAAUUGAUCGCCUUAUAGCUGAAUGCAAGAGAGCAACUUUGGAGAGGAAACGUGCAGGCUCUGGAGGAGAACCUCCACGGACCUCUAAAAGGGUCUUUAGAGGGGUAGGUUGUGGCAAGCCAAGGGGAAGGCGAGGAGGGCGACGCAAAGCCUCAGCUACAGUCACAUACCCUCCGGUUGAGCGUUCCCUGUCAUCCAGUGUGGAGGUUCCCUCAGAAAUACUAAAUCCUCAAGAGGAAUUUGAGAAAAAUAUGGAGAGACUCUCAAAUAUUUUGGCAUCAUGUCUUUCUGCUGAGCCUCAAAGAAGCUCUGCUUCAUCAUGGUCUUUUCGGCAGCAGAAAGCCUCAGGGCGCUGGAAAGAGGCAAGACCAUACCACCUACAAUGCCUUAUCGCAAAGGAGGCUGUUGGUCAUCCCUUGUGUUGCCUUUGCCACGAGCCUGCUGUUAUUAGGUGCAGAGAGUGUCUUCCUGAGGAUUGGUUCUGUGGGGACUGUGAUGUAUUGCAUCACAAAAAACAGCCACUCCACAACAGGGAAAGUGUGAUUCGUGGGUUUUUUGAAGCUGUGGGAAAACAAUUUUUUAAGUCAUUGUUUUAUUUCCUUUUAGUUCUAGCAUAUUUCUGUGGAUAAUAUAGAAGCCCAAUCAAGUGACAAGGCUAGUUAAAUUCAAACUUUACAUUAGACUUGUGGUUUCUGUAUCUCAUAAAUAUCGAAGGAAAGGGGCAAGGUAACUCAGGGUAUCAUCUGUCUCUUUGCGCCAUUUGUCCGAUUGUUAUGUUAAUGGGAUUAAGGGUGGGUGAAAUUCCAGGAUCUGGUGUGGGGGCUGUUACAUCCUUUCAUGUUUUGAUGGUCACCCGAGUGUUUUGUCGCUAUCUGAUUGGACUGCCCCCUAAAAUGUGUAUAUUUACAAUGUAUUACAACUUUAAGUCAGACUUGAUGACUGCAGCACCCGUGCCAGUACGCUCUGACUUGCAGACUCGUUUCAUCGUGUAUCUACAAUAAAGACUACUGCACAAGGAUAUCCAAG